GCAGAACUCUACAUCUUUCUACAUCAUGUUUUUCUGUACGGACCCUAGCAAUCCUAGCAUGAGCAUGGGACAGUAGAAAUUGUUCUAAAUGUCUUUACUGAUCUAUUUUGAAUUAAAUUUUAUCGACAAGUGAAUAAAGUAAAUUAUUUCUUUAACAACUUUUGAAAAUGACGACACUUAGACCCUUUACAUGCAAUGAUUUGUUCAAAUUUAAUAACGUGAAUUUGGAUCCACUCACAGAAACAUAUGGACUUUCAUUUUAUAUGCAUUAUCUUUCACAUUGGCCAGAAUACAUUCAAGUGGCAGAAUCUCCAAGCGGUGAAAUUAUGGGUUACAUCAUGGGGAAGGCUGAAGGUCAUGGAGAAAAUUGGCAUGGUCAUGUAACAGCCCUUACAGUUUCUCCUGAUUACAGAAGGUUGGGUCUUGCUGCAAUGUUGAUGAAAUAUCUUGAGGACGUAUCAGAAAAGAAACAGGCAUAUUUUGUGGAUCUCUUUGUUAGAGUAAGCAACAAGGUGGCUAUUACAAUGUAUCAACAAUUAGGAUACAUUGUGUAUAGGACAGUAUUAGAAUAUUACAAUGGCGAUCCAGACGAAGAUGCAUAUGAUAUGAGAAAAGCCUUAUCAAAAGAUGUAAAAAAGAAAUCUAUGAUUCCAUUAACACAUCCUGUGAGACCAGAAGAAGUGGAUUGAAGCGUUUGAAUUUCUUAUAUUGUCACAAAAACUGAAAAGUAAAUUAUAUACAAAUUGUCUGUACAAAUUAUAAAAUUAACAAAUAUAUAAGAAAUAGAUAUAGUUAAAAA